CUCAUUGCCAAGCACACACCCAUAGACACCCAUAGACACCCAUACAGCCGGCCGUGCAGCGCCGCUCUCCGUCCCCACGGCGCGGUGUGUAGCGCGGCCCCGCACUGCCCCCGCCACACCCCGAGUCAAGAUGGCGGCGCGGCUGCUUCGCCUGCGUGGGCUCCUGCGGGACAGCGGCCGGAGGGCCUUCUCCUCACAGCCCAGCCCUGCGCCAGCCGAGCAGCAUGGCACGAAGCGCCUGGAGCCUUCUUCUGCUAAGCGUUUAACUGACAUCGGCACCAGGAGGAUCUUCUCGUCGGACCACGAUAUCUUCAGGGAGAGCGCCAGGAAGUUCUUUCAGGAGGAAGUGGUGCCUUUCCAUGCAGAGUGGGAGAAGGAUGGCCAGGUGAGCAGAGAGCUCUGGGAAAAAGCCGGACAGCAAGGUUUGCUGGGUGUUGCUAUUGCUGAGAAACAUGGAGGCAUCGGAGCGGAUAUUCUCUCCUCAGCCGUGCUCUGGGAGGAGCAGAUGUAUGUCAACUGUACUGGUCCAGGAUUUAGCCUUCACUCUGAUAUAGUCAUGCCCUACAUUGCAAAUUAUGGCACUGAAGAACAGAUCAAACGCUUUAUUCCUCAGAUGGCUGCAGGGAAGUGUAUCGGUGCUAUUGCCAUGACGGAGCCUGGGGCUGGCAGUGACUUGCAAGGAGUACGGACUUACGCAAAAAAAGAUGGAAGUGACUGGAUUCUGAAUGGGAGCAAGACUUUCAUCACUAAUGGCUGGAUGUGUGACGUGGUGAUUGUGGUUACGGUUACAAACCCAGAGGCUCGAUCUCCUGCUCAUGGAAUCAGCCUUUUUCUGGUGGAAAAUGGAAUGAAAGGUUUCGCGAAAGGACGCAAGCUGCAAAAAAUUGGCCUGAAAGCUCAAGACACAGCAGAACUGUUUUUUGAAGAUGUGCGGUUGCCAGCAAGCGCCUUGCUUGGGAAAGAGAACAAAGGCUUCUAUUAUUUGAUGGCAGAGCUCCCUCAGGAAAGACUGCUGAUCGCUGACAUGGCUCUUGCCAGCUGUGAAUUCAUGUUUGAAGAAACAAGGGAUUACGUGAGGCAAAGGAAAGCUUUUGGGAAGACAAUUGCACACUUGCAGACGGUGCAGCACAAGUUGGCAGAAAUGAAAACGAACAUUUGUGUGGGCCGAGCCUUUCUGGACAACUGUUUGCAGCUGCACGCAGAUAAACGCCUGGACUCCCCCACAGCUUCUAUGGCAAAGUACUGGGCGUCUGAUCUCCAAAACAGCAUAGCAACUCAGUGUGUGCAACUGCACGGAGGCUCGGGGUACAUGUGGGAGUAUCCGAUUGCAAAAGCUUUUGUGGAUGCCCGUGUUCAGCCCAUCUAUGGAGGCACCAAUGAGAUUAUGAAGGAGCUGAUUGCCAGAGAAAUUGUGGGUGACAACUAAGGCAGGUGCUGGCUGCCUGGAGAACCGUCCAGAACACCUUUAUAGUAACACAUGACAUUAAAAUCAGACAUCAGAAUGUAAGUAAAGGAGACAGAUGUAAUAUAUCAUACUCUUUCAAGUGAGAGAAGCCUGUUGAAGUGGUAGCAGCAAGAAGGUGCUCCUCAGUGGGAUUUCUGAUGUUUAAAUUGAAAGGUCAUUAAAUGUAUUUGGAUGAGACCGACUUCCCCUGACUUACUAGUGAAAGGAGUACUAUGGCCGGGACAUUAUUGACUGCACCCUUUGCUGUUUGGGAUUAAAUCUCGCCUCCACAGAAGCCCAUUUGUGAUGGAUAAGAGGGGGGAGGCUGGGACCUUGUCACUGUCCAUACACGGCUGCUUAUUGCUGUCACCGCUGUGGCGAGGGCGGUAUGCGCUUAAUCUCUGUGCCUUACUGUAACUGGCCUUUUGGACAAACCUAAUAAAGCAUUUCUGUGCGCUCCGUG